GUCGCCUGAAAUAUACGAGAUGUGACAAAAGCCAGUGACAACAUUCAAGAUUUCAUUGUGUCUGGAUAUAAGGCCAAUUUGUUGUCUUUAUAAAUUCAUAAACAACAAUGAAUUCAUCCAAUAGCAAAACACAAAAAAAGGUGAACCCCAAAAAACCUGACGCGAGACAACAAACGCUGUCAUCGUUUCUCCUUAAUUCCAAAUCGCAAAGAACUUUUCACAAGCCUGGUGAAAACUCAGAGCCAUGUCAUGAUUCUUCACCAUCUCACAGCCAACAGAAGGUGACAGUUAAACGUAGGCUUAGCCCAAGCAGUAGUGGAAGCUGUAGUGACAAGCUCAAGGUAAAGAGAACGUCUGUUGAUAAUUCGAAUAUGGAUGCAGUAGCAAGAUCUGUGAUAGCUACAAAUUGUUCAGAAAAAGAAUCGAAACACUCAAAGGUAUUGCUUGAGAAUUCUCAAGGAAUUAGAACUGGAGAAUUCAGUCCAAAACUUAAGUCAAAAAUUAGUCAGAUACAAACAGACAAUGAACCAGAACUUGUAACAAAUGAUAUACAGUUUGACAUUGGUGCUGGUGAUAGACCAGACAAAAAAACUGGUGAAGAUUGCUGCAAGACUCACAAUCAGUCAAAUAAUGACACUUUGAUCAAUGAUUUUGAUGAUAUUUUUGAAGAUGAUUGGAAUGUAGAUUUCGAACAUGCCGUUGAUCUAACCACCCUGCAACGUUGCAAAGUUUCCAGCAUCAGCAAAGACAGGUUUCACAAUGUAAUCGUCGAUGUAAUCCAUGUUGAAUCACUAGUUCCAGUUACUGUAACUCUUACAGAUUUUUGGAGGGAGGUCAAGCUUCAACCAGACGAUAUAGUAAACAUACAAGCCAUUAAGAAAUCAAAUAAUUGGAUAGUUGAUAACGAUAGUGGUUUUGUCAUAGAACAGCCAGAUCUUUUAGUGUCUGGAACAGCCAUUGUAGGAUCCUGCUUUUGUACAAGACGUGGAAUCCUUAGCGAUAGAUUCAAGGGGAUUGAGUCUGUAACAGAUUGUAAACAAGACUCUCUCGCUAUGGUUAUUGGAAGUCUCGUUCAUGAAUUGCUACAAGAGGUUCUCAGGGAUAAAAUUGAUACUAAAGCAGGUAUAGCAGAAAUAUUGAAGAAUUUAUUGAAUUCCCCAAAAACAGCAAAAAUGCUCUACUCAGCUGGAAUGUCCACAGAAAAUUGUUGGAAAGAAAUGUCUCCAUUUGUGGCAAAAAUAUUUAAUUUUAUAGAGCGAUAUGUCAAAGCAAAAGCAUCUUGGGUUGCUGAUCAAAAUUUCAAUGGAAGAAUCAGUACAGUUCGUGACAUUGAAGAAAACUUAUGGGUGCCGCAAUUGGGUGUCAAAGGCAAAGUUGAUGUUACUGUUGAAGUUAAUGUUAAUUUAAAACCCCAAAUUAUGCCGUUAGAAGUGAAAACUGGUCGUGCAAGUUUCUCUUUAGAGCAUAGGGGACAAAUUAUUCUUUAUACUAUGAUGAUGUCCCUCACUGGACAGAAUAUUCAAACUGGACUUCUUUUAUACCUCAGAGAAAAUAUUAUGCGUGAGAUAAAGGUGGGUCAUCGUGAACAAAGAGACCUUAUUCUGUUGCGUAACAAUUUCGCAUAUUAUCUCACACGCUCUCCAAAAAUAACAGAUCAACAAGUGGAUUCUGAACUAGGAUCACAGCCUGAAAUAGAUUCAUUGGAAUUACCGGAGCCUAUCAAUCACCCUUCUUGUAGGAAUUGUCCGUACAAUGUUUUAUGUUGUGCAUACCUAAAAGAUGAUAAAAGCUCAAAGAUCAGUGAAUCGCAUGUACUGACCCCAAUGAUACAGAAGUUAGAUAUUUAUUUGAAGCCUGUUCAUAUAGAAUACGUUAAGAAAUGGGUGAAUAUACUUCAAAUCGAUGAGGGUGAUCAAGUCCACAUCCCACCAUUGAGAAGUUUAUGGACCAUUCCACCAAAGAAAAGGGAGAAGGGCGGAAAAUGCAUAUCAUACCUGGAGGUAGUUGGUAAAGUAAUUGCAGAGGGUAAUCGCUUUCAUCAUACAUUUGUUCGAAAGAAUCCCAUUGAUGGCAAAGUUUUGGAUGAUUUCUCGAAAUCUGGGUUCAGUGCAGGCGAUUAUAUAAUUGUGAGCACUAAUACAAGAAUCAAUGUCAGUGCUGGUCCCAUAAUACAAUUAUCCAAAGAUUCGAUAACUUUAUUGCUGGAAAGAAAUCUUACUGGAAAAAAAAUGGACAACGUAUUUCACAUCGAUGCCUAUCCAUCGCAGACUAUGUUGAUGACAAAUAUUUCAAACAUUGGAUAUUUGUUAGAUGACAAUUCGGUGACUGAAAAAAUGAGGAGAAUUGUCAUAGAAAGAGAACCAGCAACAUUUGUAAAGAAACUUGAUCGUUCGUUAGCGGUAACUAGUGCUCACAUUUUGAAACCAUUGAAUAAGAUGCAACAAAGAGCUGCAUUGAAAGUCCUGGCAGCGAAUGAAUACGUUUUGAUAAAAGGCAUGCCAGGGUCUGGCAAAACGCGCACAGUUGUUGCCAUAAUUCAGUUGUUAGUAGAAUUAGGAAAAUCAGUAUUACUCACGGCUCAUACUCACUCUGCUGUCGAUAACGUUUUACUGAAAUUACUUGAGACAGGUGUUGACUUUGUGCGACUAGGAUCAUCUAACAAAAUUCAUCCUUUAUUGCUGUCCAAAAGUGAAUCCUCACUAACACAGAACUGUAAUUCACCUGAGAGUUUAGAUACCAUGUAUAAUAGUAAGAGUGUAGUGUGUGUCACAUGCCUUGGAGCGAAUCAUCCGCUGUUGGGAAAGCGAAUGUUUGACGUAUGCCUGGUGGAUGAAAGCACACAGGUAUUGCAAUCAACGAUUCUCCGACCUCUCUACAGUGCGGAAAAAUUCGUUCUUGUCGGAGAUCCUAAUCAACUACCUCCUCUGGUCAAAACCAGUACUGCCAGGAAGCGUGGAAUGGAUAAAUCUCUCUUCGAACAGUUGGAUAAUGAGAAUAACACAAUUACUCUCUCGUCACAGUAUAGAAUGAAUCAGAGAAUCAUGGACAUAGCCAAUCAAGUAACUUACAAAGGUCAAUUGACUGCUGGCUCAGAUGAAAUUGCCAAUGCAACAUUAUGUAUUCCUAACAAAGCAGUACUGAAUUCAAGUCAGGAGUGGAUAAGAACCAGUUUAUCAACCCAACUUGACGAUUCUGUUAUUAUUCUUGAUACUGGUAAUAAGUAUAAUAUUUUGACAAAUGAUGAAGGAUCCAAUGAUGAUGAUUAUUGCAUAGAAAGAAGAUGUUCCAACUUGUAUGAAGCUGCCGUUAUCCUGAAGCUGGUUAAUACCUACAUUCAGUCAGGCGGUGCUGUUGACGAAAUUGGUGUAAUAGCACCAUACAGAGAACAAGUAAAUCUUCUCAGGGAAAUUAUUAAGCAAGAUGUGGAAGUCAAUACAGUAGAUCAAUACCAGGGUCGCGAUAAAGAUAUUAUUCUAUACUCCGGCACAGUGUCCUCUCUUUCAAGACGUGAUGCAGAAGAUGAAUCAAACAUUCUCAAUGAUCACCGAAGGCUGACAGUUGCUAUCACACGGGCGAAAUUCAAACUAAUUGUAGUUGGUGACAUAAAAACAUUAGAAAAUUUCGGCACUUUCAAGAAAUUACUUGAGCAAGUUAGAAGCAAAGAUGUAACAACACUACAAAAUGGAUGUGCCGAUUUUAUGUGGAAAAGUCUUCUCGAUUUUGUGAAAAAUUAGCUAAUAUUUUUUUGUUAUAAUGUUAAUCUAUGGCAUCUGGUUUGUUGAAGUAUUCAUAUCUAUUUUUAUGUAAUGUACGAUCACAAUAUUUAUACGAACUUUUGUGUUUUUAUGUUGAUGUUAAUGUGCAUGGAAAGGUUUUUGUAUAUGAAUGUAUGUUUAUUUAACUCCGAUCUCUUGUACUGUCAAAUAUUCAUAGAUGAUCCAACUCCGUUCAAUUACAUGUAAUAUUCACAUUCGUUACAGUAAUUGUCUUAUUUAUCUGAAGAUGUUUUCUGCUAUACUGUAUUAAUACUUAUGUUUAAGAUGUUUCUAUACACAUAGAACCUGAGAUAAUGCAUAAUAACAAACGAAUUCAUAAAGGUUUUGUUUAAAAGUUUAUUUUACAUUUCUUAGAUCUAGAAAACGUAAUCUUUUCAAUGAUUUUUGCAACUCCCAUUUUGGUCUAGACUAUAUGUAUAAACAAUACGGAAGGAUGGUAUAGUAAAAAUGUGUAGUACUAAUAAAAACAAGAGAGAAUAUAAUAAAAAAACUUUCAGAACGUGUAAUGUGAAAA